GCGCCUGGGCCGGGCUACAAGGCCCAGUUCGGAGCGGCGGGCCUGGGGCCGGCGGCUUCUCCCUGGCCCUACCAGCGCUGGGCCCCGGGCUCCGGUUCCUACUCAGGUGUCUACCCCCGGCGCUUAACCUUCUUCCUAAAUUAAGUGAGGCCAAUCUCCGAUCUCCAGCUUCAGGGGUGCGGCAAGCAGCCCCUAACGGGAUACUCAAGGCCCUGGAUAUUGUGCCCUUCAGCGAAUGUAAGGCGCUGGAGCUGCGGUGUUGUGCUUUGGAGGUGAUCCCCCUGCUGCUAGGGUGAUAUCCUAGGAACAGAAGAUGCUGUUGUGGAAGCGACAUCCAACGAUGCCGUGAGGUUUUACCCCUGGACCAUCGAUAACAAGUACUAUUCAGCAGAGGUCAAUCUGUGCGUGGUGCCAAGCAAGUUCCUAGUCACUGCUGAGAUCGCGGAGUCUGUCCAGGCAUUUGUGGUUUACUUUGACAGCACACAGAAAUCGGGUCUUGAUAGUGUCUCCUCAUGGCUUCCCCUGGCAGAAGCAUGGUUACCUGAGGUGAUGAUCCUGGUCUGUGAUAGAGUGUGUGAAGAUGGAAUAAACCGACAAAAGGCUCAAGAAUGGUGCAUCAAACAUGGCUUUGAACUGGUAGAGCUCAACCCAGAGGAGCUACCUGAGGAAGAUGAUGAUUUCCCUGAAUCUACAGGCGUAAAGCGGAUUGUACAAGCAUUGAAUGCCAAUGUCUGGUCCAAUGUUGUGAUGAAGAAUGACAGGAGCCAGGGCUUCAGCCUUCUCAACUCACUGGCUGGAACAAACCACAGCGUUGGAUCAGCAGAGAGCUGUCACUCAGAGGAGCAGGCCCCAUUGCCAGCAGCUGAGAGGAAAGAGUCCCUUCCCGGCCAUCAUGGUGGUGCGUGUGGCUCAGCAGGUGCACAGGUUGACAACAUUGUAGAUCCCAUGUUAGACCUGGAUAUUCAAGAAUUAGCGAGUCUUACCACUGGAGGAGGAGAUCUGGAGAACUUCGAGAGGCUCUUUUCAAAAUUAAAGGAAAUGAAAGACAAGGCUGCGACGCUUCCUCAUGAGCAAAGAAAGUUGCAUGCAGAAAAGGUAGCCAAAGCCUUCUGGAUGGCAAUAGGAGGAGACCGAGAUGAGAUCGAAGGCCUGUCUUCAGAUGAAGAGCACUAAAUUCUUCCUGCUAGGUUUGACUGAUUGAUGCCAGCACUGUGCACUCAAAAGUGCUUCCCAUGUCAACCAGGUUCUGUUCUGCCAAGAUUGCCAUUAUCAUGCUGGCCACCUGACUGGUUUGGGGGGUUCCCUUAACUGGACUUUUAGAAAAGAACUAGGAAAAAAAUCUUUGUUCCUGGGACGUAAGUGAAUGAGGGGUGAAAUGACAGUAUUGAGACAUCUUUGGGUCUAUAUUCUUCGUGCCAGGGUAGAAUGAGUCUUAGAGGUCUGUAGUACAGGAGAGCCAGGUGUCAACGAGCACACUGUGGUCCCAGCACGGGUGGAGUGGGAAGGUGGGGACUCUGAAGCCAACAUGGGCUCCAUAGGAGGCCUGCUUCUGUGCUUGAUCUCCUGCAUCCCCACUGAAGGUCUGAAGGCCAGGAGCUUGUGCGGUUCCCUGUGUGCUUCCUCUAGUCCCCACAAAGAGCAAGGCUCUGAGCUAAGAUGGAUGUUGUUGAGAAAAAAAGGAGGCAUCUGUAGAUCUAGUGUGUGCCUAGGGAGUCCUGGGGACAGGUGACUUAUGGGUUUGUCUCCAAGCAAGUCCUUAUGGACAUUGUAAGUUCAGUGUCUUCUGCCACAAAGCAGUAAAGUCAGGUGUAUAUCUAAAAGAAACAGAGGCAAAGGUUUCAUCCUCUGGGGAGGGUAAACCACCCUUUUCCCUUCUGCAGGACAAGGGCCCUUAGUGCAGCCCUGUGCAGGCCAAAGGAGCAGCGGAAGUUGGUUCUGAGCAUGCUGUGCUAACAUGCUGGUGACAGUACUUUUCUAACCAAGCAUUUUCCCCAGCCAUUUGAGAUUUCAGAGCUGCUUGGAAGCCAGAGAUCACUGUCAGAGCACUAACUCCAAGUAGGGGAAGGUGAGCCCUCAAACAGCCAGGUCCUGAGCCAUGGCUUACUCUCAGGGCGAUUGGCUCCUCUGCACCCCUCCAGGGCCCAGCCCCAUGGAAACCCCUUUGUCCUUUCUCCUGUGUUGUGUAUGAGUGCAUCAGCCCCAGGAGAGCACAAAGCAGAGUUUUAAAGAAAGAGAGGAAAGUACAAGAUAAAGGCCCUUAUUCUGUCUUCAUAGACACUUCCAUGAGGCAGUUUCUGAACAGGUGCAGCCCAUGGGCUGAGAGCUGGCCCUGAUUUAGUGUGAGGAAACAUGGAUUAGAUCACAAACAGAAGCAAGACUCACCUGCCCUGGGUUCCACUGAUGGGACCUGAAACAGAUGCUUGGCCAAGCCAGAACCACCACAGGGCAGAGAUAUCAUCUUAGUGAUGGUAGUAGCAUUCAAGCAAACAGUGGGUGAUGGUUUGCUAUGAGUCCUGGUGUCAUCAUAUCCUCCCCCCUCCCGCCCCCAUUGAUCUUGGAAUCUUUGAACUUGGGUUUACCCGUUCAGUAGGGCUGAUACUUUGAAGUAAGUGCAUUAGCCAUUGGUUAAGAAAGAAAAUUAGGGAAGUUGGCUCUGAGUUGCCAGGAAGGCAGAACAUGUUUUUCUUAAAACAUGAUUAAGAAAAAAUAAACUAGAAAAGUUUAUUUGUAUUUGAUUUUGCUAACUAAACAAAGCCAGGUAAUUAAAAGAUGAUUUAUUUAUAAAA